GUACCUAGUGAGAUUCUUUACAGGGAGAGCAAAGCGAGCGUCGGUGCUAGUGGCUUUAAAUGGGCGCCAGGCGUACGGCAUUGUCUCUGUCGCGAGUCGCUACUUGAUCCGAUCGUAGGUUGCCGCCCCAGAUCAUCGCUUUCAUCCAUUGCCGCGUGCGAGCGCCGCUGUAAAAUCGUUUCUUGGAGCCAGCCAGUGUGUUCUUGCGCAGAUGGCCAAAGAUCUGGGUGCGUCGUCCCCGAAAUAUCACCAGAUCGUGGACAAGAAGCGCAGCUACACGCGUUUCUUGCUCACGGCGCUAUGCUGCCUCGCCUUCUACCUCAUCGGCGCCUGGCAGAACAGCUCCAAGGUCCACAUUGAUUCCACCACCGUCUCCUACUCUACCGGAUGCGGCGCGCUGGAUUUCCAGGCUCACCACUCGGCAUCGGCAACGGCAGCGUCGAAAAUCUCUUCGUCUUCCGCCCUGGAUCCCUCCACCGCUCCAGUCCCAGCCUGCGACAUGGGAUUCAGCGAGCACACGCCCUGCCAGGAUGCCAAGCGCUCGCUCCAGUUCGAUCGAGCGCGGCUGGUGUAUCGAGAGAGGCACUGCCCGCCCGACAGCGAGAAGCUCCAGUGCUUGAUUCCAGCUCCGGUGGGCUACAAGAAUCCUUUCUCGUGGCCCAAGAGCCGGGACUACGCAUGGUUUGCCAAUGUUCCUCACAAGGAACUUACGGUGGAGAAGGCCAUCCAGAACUGGAUCCAGUACGAGGGCGAUAGGUUCUUCUUUCCAGGUGGUGGAACCAUGUUUCCUCGCGGUGCCGAUGCCUACAUUGACGAUAUCAACUCCAUUCUUCCGCUCACGGAUGGGACCAUUCGAACAGCUCUUGACACUGGCUGUGGUGUUGCUAGCUGGGGAGCUUAUCUCCUCAAGAGAGGGAUACUCACAAUGUCGUUUGCUCCGAGGGACACUCACGAAGGCCAAGUUCAGUUUGCUUUAGAGCGAGGAAUUCCUGCGAUGAUCGGCAUCAUGGCUUCUCAGAGGUUGCCUUAUCCCGCGAGAGCAUUCGACAUGGCUCACUGUUCUCGAUGUCUCAUUCCUUGGACUGCUUAUGAUGGCCUCUACUUGAUCGAGGUUGACCGUGUUCUUCGUCCCGGUGGCUACUGGAUCCUGUCUGGGCCUCCUGUCAACUGGAAGCUGCACUGGAAAAGCUGGCAGAGGACCAAAGAGGACCUGAGUGGGGAGAUGACCGCGAUCGAGAAUAUGGCGAAGAGCUUGUGCUGGAAAAAAAUUGCAGAGAAAGGGAACCUUGCAAUCUGGCAGAAACCGAAAGAUCACACCGACUGCUCCAAUGGUCCCGAGUUCUGUGACAAAGAGCAGGAUCCUGAUCUUGCCUGGUACAAGCCUAUGGAGGCAUGCAUUUCGAAACUCCCGGAAGCUGACCAAAGCGAAGAUCUACCAAGGUGGCCCUCUCGGCUAACCACGACACCAUCACGAAUCUCCAGCGGCUCACUAUCCAGUGAAGACAGCUUCAACGCCGAUACUCAACUCUGGUCGCAGAGAGCCUCGUACUACAAGAAGACGGUGCUACCAGUGCUUUCUUCGGGAAGGUACCGUAACAUCAUGGACAUGAACUCCGGCCUUGGAGGAUUCGCGGCGGCACUUUCAAUGAACAGCAAAAUGUGGGUGAUGAACGUAGUCCCCCACCACCACCAGCACAAAACUCUGGGAGUCGUCUACGAGCGGGGCCUCAUCGGCGUCUACCACGACUGGUGCGAGGCAUUCUCGACGUAUCCCAGGACUUACGACUUGAUCCACGCUGAUAACGUCUUCAGCCUCUACAAGGACCGAUGCGAGAUGAAAGACAUCCUGAUCGAGAUGGACAGGAUCUUACGUCCCGAAGGAGCCGUGAUCGUCCGGGACCAAGUCGACACUCUCAACCGAGUGAAGCGGAUCAUGACCAGCAUCCGGUGGCAGAGCAAAAUGUACGACCACGAGAGCGGGCCUUUCAACACCGAGAAGGUCCUGGUCGCAGUGAAAACUUACUGGGUAGGAAGUUCCAAUUCGACUCUCUAGCCUUCGGUGAGCCUGCUCGUAUUUUUGUUCUGGUUCCCUGCUGGCUUGUCAACUCAUUUUUUUCUUACGUGAUCUAAGAAGUUCCUUUUCCGUUU